AUGAAUAAGAGAAAAGGGAAAGUGUGGCUUUUCCUUUUUAUAAUCUGUUUGAUAGUUAUUAAUUUUAAGAUUUCUUAUGAACAAAAUAAUGAAAGGAAUCUUAGUGAAAUAACAAAAAAUGAAAUCGAAUAUGAAAGAUGUCAAAAUUUAGUACCUUUUUAUUUAAAUAACCCAGAAUAUUAUACUAUGUUAAAUGAAAUUAAUGUAUCAAAUGAAUAUUCCAUAAAAUUUGAUAUAACAUAUAUAUAUUUUGAAUAUAUAAAUUGUAAUUUUUAUAUAAAUCUAAAAUUAUAUAGUAAAGAUGUUAAUAAAGUUGAAUUAUAUGAAUAUGUAGAUAAUAAAGGUAUUUUGAUAUUUUCUGAAAAUAGUAAAGACAAUUUAAUAAAAUAUUUAUUUCAUGUGCAAGAUGAUAAGAAUAGCAACAAAAAUGAAAAUAAAAAUGAAAAUAAAAAUGAAAAUAAGCGCGUUUUUUAUUUUAUUAUAUAUUCAAAUAAAAUCGAAACAUCUAAUGAAUGUGUUAAUAUAAGAUUAGAUAUAGGAAUAGGGCCGGUUGUUUUGGAAAAGGGGGAUACAAAAAUAGAGAGUACAAAAAAGGGGGAUAUACAAAAAGAGGGGAGACAAAAUGAGGGUAGACAAAAAGAGGAUAGACAGAUAGAACAUCAUAAUAGCUACAUAAUAAUUAGAGAUAAUUAUAGAUAUGCAACAGAUGGUUAUUUUAAUUUUUCUUUAAAAAAUAAUAAAGAUUUUUAUAUUUAUGAAAAUGGUAAAAAAUAUGGAAUCAUAUAUAAUGUUAUAAUUAUUCUCGAAUUUAAUGAAGAAAAUAAUAUAAAUUUUUUUUCACUUUUAUCACAAGGAAAAAAUAAAUGGAAUAAUUUUUCUAUGCAAUUAAAAAAAAUAAAAUUAGAUAAAAAUUAUUUACAUAAUAUGAAUAUAGAAUAUAUAAUAAAACAUGCGAAUGCUGAUAUGACUUGUAAUGAUAUGUGUAUAAAAAGUGAUGAAUCGAAAAAUGGGAUAAUAUUUUUAAAUGCUUUAUUAAGUAAUAAUUAUAUUUAUAAUUUUCAAAUAAGAUAUGCUGAAAAUGAAAAUGAAAAUAAUUACAUAAAUAAUGAUAUUAACUAUGAUAAUGAAAAUAAAAGUAAUAAAUAUUUGGGUAGAAAUAGUGUAGAGAGUAAAAAAGAAAUGUUUAAUCAAGAUAAUAUAAUUUAUUUUAAUUUUGAAUAUAAUAUAGUUAACAAUGUUGAUAAAUAUACAAUGAUAGACUAUUUAAAAGGCCAUUUUAAUCAUGAAAAUAUUCAGAAUACAUUUUUUUUUGAUAAAAUAAUUCAAAUAAAAGAUAAUAAUAUAAAUAAAAAUAAUAUAUUGCCAAUAAUUGGAUUUAAUAAAGAAUGUGUAGGAGAAAAUAAAAAAGAAUGUAAUAAAUAUGAGAUAAAUAAUAAUUAUAUAAUUUAUGGAAAUACUAUUGAAAUAGAUGAUAAUUUUAUUUUAAAUUUUGAUCCUAAUAAUUUAUUUAAAGAAGAAACAAAAGUGAACAUAACAAUCGAAGAAGAAUCUUUUUUUAUGUUUACACUAGAAUCAAAAUCAGAAAAUAUUUUUGUAAAUUUAUUAAAAAAAAAUUCAACAGAAAAUGUUUGUAAUACAUAUUAUUUAAAGCAUAUAAAAGAUUAUAAUUUAUUUAGCUAUUUAACUAAAAAUGAAAAAAAUAUUUUGAAAUAUGAUAAAACUAAUUUUAGUAGACAUCAUAUAAAAAAUCUAUCAAAGAAAAUUAUAAUAUAUAUAAAAUGUAUUCUUUUGGAAGGAGAAUAUGACCUUAAGAUAAAUUUUGAAGAAUAUAAUAAAAAAUUUGAAUCAAAUAAUAUUAAUUUAAUAAUUCAGCCAUUACAUAUAUAUGAAAAGGUACAUUCAUGUGAUCGUAAAAUGAAUAUAAUAACAGAUAUGUUUUAUUAUAAUCUUCGAACUGAAAAUGUGAAUAAAAAAAAUGAUAAUAAUGUUAUAUCUUAUAAAAAUAUAUAUGAAAAUAUGUGGGAAUUAAAUAAUUCAUUAUUUGAUGAUUUUGAUUUUAUAAUAUUAUAUGAAAAUGAGAUAUUUGAAAAUGUUGAUAAAAUAAUAGUUACUAUAAAUAAUUCAAUAUUCUCUGAUAUAUUUAUUAUAAUUUUUGAAACAGUAAAAGAUGAAACACAUUAUUAUAUAUACAAAAAUUCUAAAUCAACAAUUGAAUAUGAAAUAAAAAAUAAAUUAAAUAAUAAAAUAAGUAUAUAUGUAUUAACACCAAGUUUACAUUAUAGUGGUAGAAAAAUAUGUGGUUUUUUUUUUGUUGAUAUAGAUUUUAUAGAAAAUAAAAAGGAAUCUAUUGGAGAAAUAACAUUAUUUAAUAAUAUGUAUAAAUCAAAUAGAAGUUAUAUUGGAAGUAUUAAUCAUAUUCCAUAUUUAAUUAUAGGAUAUGAUACAUAUUCAUUUAGUAAUUUCUGUUACAUACCAGAUAAUAAGGAACAUGUUCUUAUAAUUUUUAUUGAAAAGGAAUCUAUAAUAAAAAUAAAUUGUUUUAUGGAAAAUUAUGUAUAUAUAGAACUAUAUGAAAGAAAACAUAUUGGUGGUGAAAUAAAAAAAAUUAAAUUAUUUGAAGAGUAUCAACAAGUAUAUAUUGAAUCAUUUACUAAGGGAGAGUAUGAGAUUGUGUUUAAAUUUAAUGUACAAAAUGAUAGAGAAAUGAGCAAUUUUUUUUAUUUACAAAUAUAUAUAUAUCAAAUAAAUUUAUUGGAUAAAUGUGUUUUUCAUAAUGAAGAUGAUUUUGGCGAAAUAGCGGAGGGUUCGAGUUCUGUAUAUGAUCUAAAUGAAGUUGAUAGAAAAAUAAAAAGUAAAAAUGGUAAAAAAAAUAAAGAAAUUGGAUAUUUUAAUGAUAAUAAUGGCUUUAUAUUUGAAAAUGAAUCUUCUUACUAUUUGUUUAAACGAUAUUUACUAUUUCUUUUUCCAAAAAAAAUUGAUGAAAAAAUUGAAAAAAAAAUAAUAUUACCAGAAACUAAUAAUUCUGGGUUUGUAUUAAAAGCUGAAUUAGUGUUUCAUAAAAAUUUUUUACCUUAUAAAUUAUCUUUAGAAGAAGAUGGGGAAAAUAUAUUAGCCCAUGAAAGUAAUAUAUAUAAAAAUAAAAUUAUAAUAACUUUUAAUAUUUUAAAUAAAAAUGUAAAAUAUGUAAAAUUAUAUAUAUAUCUGUAUGAUAAUGUACAUGAAAAAUUAAUUAAAGAUUAUUGCCCAUAUGCUUAUUUAAAUAUUGUUUAUACACAUGAGUUGGAAAAAUAUAGAGAACAUGAAAACGAUGAAUAUCAAUAUGACACUAUGCAUUUGCCCCUUUUUUUGAAUAACAUAUUGUUGAAAAGGUACGAAUAUUCUGAUGAUGUGGAAGAGGAAGAUGUAGAAAUUGGUAAAGUAGAAACGGAAAGUGGGAAUGAUAAAAAUGUAAGAGUAGUUCCUUUUGACAAAAAAAAUGGAAUGUGUAUUGGGAACCAAAAGAUAGAAUAUAAAUUUAUCACAAGUAAUAAUAAUAUGAUGUUUUUUUUAGCAGAAAGAGAUGCUUUUUUAAAUAUAUACAUUUAUAAAGAAGGAAAAGAAGAUAUUAUGUUAAAUAUUUAUAAAUAUAAAAAUAUAUCAAAAUUUGAAAAAAAUGAAAUAUUACCAUAUGAUGAAAUAAAUAAAGAUAUACAAUCUUGUUGUGAAGAAAUAUUUUCACAUUCUAAUGUUAAUGAUAUAAAUAUAUCAACUUAUUUUGAAAAAGGGUUAUAUAUAUUUAAAUUUUCUGAAAAAUUGCCAUAUAUAAAUAUGAUAUUUAGUGUAAUAUGGGUGGAAAUACCAAAUGUUAAUGAUAUAAUUAUGGGUUCAAAUAUAAAUAAUAAAUAUGAAAUUAAUAGAUAUAUUGAAGAAAAUGAAUCUAAAUUUUAUUUUAGUAAAGAAUUAAAGUGUGGUGAUAAAAAGGGAAUAUUUUAUGAUGAAAACAAAUUGAAAGAUUUAGAAAAAUUUGUUAUAGAAAAUAUGUUUGAAAAAAAUUUAUAUACAAUUUAUUUUGGAAAUAAAAAAAAAGAAAUAACAAUUUCAAAUGAUUCAAAAAAUAUAGUAAUGUAUGAAAGAAUACAUAUAUGUUUUGGAAAUGAAAUAUUUAAUCAUCAAGUUAUUAAUAAUACAAAUUAUAUUAAAGAAAAUGAAGAGUCUCAUAUUAUUUUGACUUUAAAUGUUGAAAAAGAAUGUCAAGUAUAUGUAGAAGUAAAACCUCAUUUUUAUUAUUUUAUAUAUCCAUUUAAAAUAAAUAUAUUAUCAAAAAAUUCAUAUUUUAAAGUAUCAAAUGAAUAUAAAAAAUAUGUGUAUGCAAAUAUUGAACAAGGGGAAUAUAAUAUAGAGAUUUCUUUUAAAAUGGAAAAUUAUAUAAAUAAUAAAAUAAAGAAAAUUGAUGGUGUUAUAUUUGAUUUUAUAAUAUUUAUAUAUAAUACAUCAAAUGAAAAUAAAUUAAAAAAUAUUGAUUUUUCAGAUGAAGAAAAAAAACAGAUGGUAUCAUUAAAAAAUGAGACAUCUAAUAUGAAUAAAUUAUAUACUCGAAAAAUUUAUAAAAAUAUUUUCAAAAAAGUUAAUCUUAAAAAUUUAAAUGAAAAUGGAAUUGUAGUAAAUGAAAAAAUAACUACACAUAAAUCGAAAUAUAGCUAUUUUUUUUGUUAUGAUAAAUAUAUUAUUAAAAAUCAUCAGGAAAUAUUUUUUACAUUAGUAGAUAAUGUGGAUUAUAUUUUGAAAGUUUAUUUAGCACCAAUCUAUGAACUAAGUGGAAAUAAUAAUUCGAAAAAUAUAAAUAAUGAUUUUGAACAUUUUGAAAAUUUUGAAAAUUUUGAAAAUUUCGAAAAUAGUGACAAUAAUAGCGAAUCUUCAUCUCUUUAUAAUUUUUCUACAAAUUAUUUAAACUAUACAUUAAACGUUCGAAAUGUUUUUAAUAUUGAGGUGGUAAAUGAGAGUAUGAAUAAUGAUUAUAUUCCUGAAAAGGUAAUUAAAGAGAAAAGAUUAAAAAAUAAAAUAAUUGAAAAAAAAACACCGGAUUCAAAUAUAUUAUAUACAAACGAGGAUGAUGAAUAUAUAUUAAAUGUAUAUGAGGUUAAUAAAAAUUUCAAGUUGGUUAUUAAAAACUACAAUAAUAUAGAUAGUAAUAUUGAAUUAGUUUUAAGUUUAGUUCCUUUAAAAUAUUAUAAAAUGAAUAUGAACACAAAAUAUGCCAAUGAAUAUAUUAACAGCUAUUUUAAAAGUAUUUUUAAUACGAUAUCUGUUAAAACAAAUUUAUAUAGUGGUAUAAUUUUUGAGAAUAGAGAACAUUCUACUCACAUAUAUACACGUGUAGAAACUUCGGUGGUGUAUUUAAAAAAUAUUAUCAUGGAAGAAACAUUUUCUUUCCCUUUGCAUGUUAAGAAGGGUAGCUACAUCAAGCUAAACAUUGGAUAUGACUUUUCAAGGGUUAACUUUGAUGUCAAAAUUAUGAGAAAUAAUAAGAAGGUCUCAACUAGUAAUAAAAUUAAAGGAAAUAUGGAUAAUGGAAAAAUAAAUAUUUUUGAAAACAUUAGUUUGUUUUUAGAAGAAGGAGAGUAUACAUUUCAAAUAUGGUUUUACAACUUAACUGACAAUUAUAUUCAUAUAAAUAAGAAUAUGGGUUUUCCUUUUUAUUUUUCACUUGAAAUUUUUGAGUUUGCUGAAAAUAAAAAUAAUACUUCAGUGUUAUUAGAUGUGUAUCCUCACCGUUCAGUAUAUGUAGACAAAGCUUACCCCUUUAAUAUUGAUCUUAUUUUUUGGUCCGAGGAAAAGAGAGAGAAACAUGGCUUUAUGGAAGAUGAAAUGAAAAAAAUAGUAUAUUUAAGAGUUGGUGAAAUAAUAAAAUCAGGAAAAAUAGAAAUCCAAAAAAGUUAUUUAUUACCAGAAGAUAUGAGCAAUCUUAAAAAUAACAUGACUUUAAAAUUUGAUUUAAAAGAUAAUGUUGAUAUGAUAAGUGAAAAUAACAAUGAAAAUAACAAUGGAAAUAACAAUGAAAAUAACAAUAAAAAUAAUAGAUAUCUUUUCACUUUUUUAAAUAACGAUGUAAAAGAAAAUGAAGUAGCUAUAGAAACGAAUAAUACAAAUCUUAAUAAUCAAGAAAAACUUAAACAAAUUCAUAAUGAAAGUGUAAAUAAAUCGAUUUUACUUGAAUAUAAGAAAGAAGAUUCUGAAAAGAUAGAAGAAAAGGAUAGUUACAUUUCUCAUAAUGUGAAUCAAGACAUGUUUUAUGAUAUAGAUAAAGCUAUCAAAAAUUAUCGUUCUAGAGAAAACAACGAAUCGAAAGAAAUAACAUCUUCUAUUUUUAAUAAACCAUUCUCAGACCCAGAUGAUAAAUCCUGUAUAUACAUACCUAUAUUUUUAAUAGAAAUAUACUGUUUCGAAAAAAAUAAUUUGUUUUAUUUUAUAUUCAUUUUGUUUAUUUUUUUUAUGACUAGUGCAUUUAUAUUUUUAUUAAUAAAAUUUUACAAAAAUUGGAAAUAUUACAGAAAUUAUGAAAGUUUCAAAGAAUAUGAUGAAACAAUUAGUCUUUUUGAUGAUGAUGAUAUAUAA